GUGAGCAGUCUGAAGUUGCAGAUUGUGCAGCUGUAGAUGUCGUGGGAGAAUGGAUCGAUCUGAAAAAUAGAGAAGCUGGCGUUAAGCAAGACAAAUCUGUCAUCGCAACUCAUGGUGUAAUUGACGCUUGUCUUGUUGAUUUAUGCCUGACAGAAAUUAUGGAAUUGUUGGAUGGAGAGCUGGACGCUCUCCGGUCUUUUUGCACGGUGAAGAUAAGCAGGAUGCGUCAGCAGCUGAGCUCGAGGCAGACAAAUGGUGGCGAGUCAAGAAAGCUGCAGCCUGGGGUCACAGCAAAGAGUCCGGAGCCAAGUGACUUAAACCGCGUUGUUCCUGAUCGGCUAAUGAGCAGAAUGCGCCUGAAAAAUAUCAGGGAGGCUGUGAAACAGGUGACGGAAGCUCAAAUCCACGAAUGUUCAGUGUGCCCUGACUGUCAGAAGAAGGCAGCAGAGCUGGCCGAGAUUACCUUUCUCAGACGGAAGAAGACUUCAAUGGAAAGUGCUUUAAUCCAAGAGAAACUGGAAGAACAGAUUUACUCCAGAGAUGGGCUCACACAUAUAGGAGAAGCACUCAGAAGCUUGCCUGGACCUUCAGAGGAUCCCAGGAACUUAUGGCAGAGGCUGAAAGGUCAGAAACUGUAA